AUGGGUUUUUUACGAUAUACUUUAAUUUUUGGCACUUUUGGAAUCGUUGCGCACAUCGUCAUUAAUGUGCUCUACACCAAAUAUCCGCUCCAUUUCGAUGGUGAAAUUGUGGAAGGAUUUGAUGGUGUCCGCAAGGCUUUUCAACAGAAUUUCCUGGAUGGUUGGGAAGCCGAGGGAGCUUCGUUGGCGGUUUAUGUGAAAGGUCAGAAGGCGGUUGAUGUAUGGGGUGGAUACGCCGACAAGCAUGCGGCUAGAAAGUGGAAACAGGACACUCUUAGUGUAGUUUUCUCGUGUACGAAAGCGGUUGCAGCUGUCUGCAUAGCAAUUCUUGCUGAUCGUGGACAGUUAAGUUAUGAUGACCUCGUCUCGAAGCAUUGGCCUGGAUUCGCAAAAAAUGGCAAGGAAAACAUCACUAUCGAAUGGGUGAUGUCACAUAUGUCAGGUCUUCCGUACUUGGAUACGAUAAUCACUGAGGAUAUGGCCGCCGACCAUCACCUCAUGAGAAAGGUGCUCGAAGAGGAAAAACCAAAAUUCACACCUGGGAUCAGUAGCGGUUACCAUACACUCACCUAUGGAUGGUUGGUUGACCAGAUCGUGAGACACACCGACGAUAAACGACGUGGUAUCGGACAGUUCCUGAGGGAAGAAGUCACUGGACCAAACGGGAUCGACUUUCAUAUUGGUCUUAAUCUUUCCCAAGAUUAUCGAGUAGCGCGGAUUUCAUUGCCUGGAACCAUGGACCUAAUCAGUGAGAUGUGGUCCAGUACACACGUGCUUUUAAGAUUUUUUCACUUCAUGACUUCGAAUAAGAAUAGUGCCUUUAAUCGAGCGAUAGGAAAUCCACCGUGGAUCGAUCUGUGGAACAAGUGUACAGCGAAUAAUCCCGAACAACAUGCAAUGGAGCAGGCAGCCGCUUUCGGUAUCGGCAACGCCCGCUCACUUGGAUCCAUAUUCAACCUGGUUAGCUUUAUUUGCGAAAACAACGGAGAAGGUUUUGAAGUAGGAGUCACUAUCCUCACGCACAAAUCGAAAACAUCAGCGCGUAAAACUUUUGAAGCGUUUUGGAUCAAUUCCAAAAAUUUAAAAAUGGACUGCAAGGAGGAGUGUCUUGUUAUCACGCAGGAGAUGGAGUCCUUGAAAACAGUUUUGACCUGUUUGGCAGCUGAAGUAUUUCUCGUACAGGAGCUUGUCGAGUUCGUUGAGGAAUGGGUAUUCGGUUGGCUAGAAGACUGGCGGCUCGUCACUGGUCAACUUGUCAGCGAGAAAAUGCUCUCUUUUCUUGAAAAACCGGUUGUCAACGAAACAGAUUACGUGGUAAACGCGCAGAUGGCUAAAGGCCAUGGAUUUUUCUAUGCUCCUAUAGAACGAGAGGAAGACAGUCGACUGGUUCAUCAUUCCGGUCAUGGGUGUCAACAAGUCACAUUCGACAUCCAUAGACAAGUUGUCAUCGCUUAUGUGACAAAUGCACUAAAAAUGGGUCACUUCGAUAAUUGCCGAAAUUACUGGCGAAUUCAUAAGACCGUUUACGAUGUUCUCGAGAAGUCAAGUAAAUGA